AUGUCAUCCGCCUCUCGAACUCGGCCCAACCGUCGAGUGAACAGUCUCGCAAAUGACGAGCGCAUGUCUAUCUCUCGAAAUAGUUCUCGAUCACGACCGAAAGCUGUGAGUUACACCGAUGCAUAUACAUUCGCCCUCAGAGUGGCAUACCUGCACCACCUCCUUCAGCCUCGAAGAAAGACGAAACAAUAUGUCCCCGCAGAGAGGAAGAUGGUCUCAAGGAAGAGUGUGAUGAUAGGAGAGUUAAUGCAGGAUUUCUCUCUCUUGAAGGAUACAAAAACCAAAUUUCCCCAUGGCUUCAUGUCGCAAUUGGAGAAGCGGUUGCAGGGAGUAUUGACGGGAACUGAGAGGCGGCCAGAGUACAAAGAACCCAUCGUCAAAAGAACCUUCGCCGAGGCGUACACAGCUCUUACCGAACCAGGCUUUCGAAAACGUAUGGAUAAGGAGAGACGUGUCGAAGAUUUGGUUUUGAUAUUCUAUUCAAAUACCACUAAAUCCCUACAGAAAGGCAAGGCAGCAGAUGAUGAAUCGUGGAAAAUCCUCGUGGAUCGCCAUGUGGCACUCUUCGUGAGAUUGAUUAGUGCAACUCUAAAGGACCUUGACAAAGACAAAGAUCGACCUGAGCUGAUGAGUCGUCUGACGACCUUGGAGAAUAAGUUAUUGACGAAUUCGCAAGAUCUAUAUGUUAACUCUUCUACCGCUCCUGGUGGUGGGCAUUCAAUAGAAGUGACUGCACCGGUGAGCUACGAUGUCAAAGACAUGCCCAUGGCACAAGUUGUUGGAAAAAUAUUUGGUAUGAGCAAUUCGGAGGUCCAAACAGACAUUGACUUGAACAAGAAUAUCUGGACGGAAUCUGCAGCGCUCACUGAUUUAAAAUCCUACCAGCAUUGCCUGAAUGCGAACACUAAAAGGACUCUUCGAAGCGAGGAUUUUGAUGUUGAUGAAGGAUAUCAAGCAUGGAAGCGGGCAGAAAUACCAGAGCUUACGGCAAUGAUAUCCGAAAUAUUGCAAAUUAGGCCAGAUCUUGUCAAAGCUUCCACUGGCAAGAAUAGGAAUCUCCCACCACUUUCCGUGCCCUCUUCGGGUGCCGAAGAUCAAGCGUAUGCAGACUUAGCCAAGUCUAUAGCCAUCACAAGUCCGAUAGAUGGAAGCCCAGCCUACAAUUUCGAUCAACCCGCGGAUAUGUCUUCGUUGUCUCUGGAGGACGAUGAGCCCUCCAAGAUAUUUCUCGAAGAAUCCACAUUUACAUUUAUACCGCCAGAUACACGAGCGUAUUACCGAACAAUCCUAACUUAUGCCAUGACCUAUGAUCAGAUCCACGCUCAGGCUGACGGGGCUGAGAAUCAACCCCUCAGCAAACAGUCUCUAGAGUUGUUGACGGAAUUAUGUGUUCGCUGGAGAAUUCCACAAUUUUCAAGGCUUGUUCUAUUCUUGGAUGUCGCGAGCCAAAAAUUUAUGGAUCAGGAAAUUGGACUUGAUGGGCUUGAUAGUGCCUUUGAGUUUGUCAAAAAUCCCCCGCCUUCAGAAACUAAGCGUUUACAUACGCACACACAUUCUGCAAGUCUAUCCUCUAUCGAUCAGAACGACUGGACGAUCCAUGAUUUUGCUUUGUACCGUCAAAUUCUGACAAACUUGCAUGAUGCACUUCUCCGUGAUCUAUAUGAUCUCCUACAACAUUGUUAUGAGGCUAAGCCGCCUUCCCCUGGCCCAGUUUUACUUAUCCUAGAAACCCAUAUCAAAAACGAUCCUUUGUUCUCCACUAGCCCUGGCGGCUACGAUGCUUAUGUUGAACAGUUGACUGAAGGUCUUAAAUCUAAAGCUGCGGAUGUGUAUAGGGACUACCUUGAAGCAGAAGUUCCUCAAAAUCAGGAGGAGUGGGAAUUUUUCCACGUUGUUCAGCUCGGGAAAUCCGUAGUAAAGUUAUGUGAGCGGAUCCAGAAGAGGUAUCGAAAGAACCCUGAAAUAAUGGGCGUUAACCCUUUGACAAUCCUUGUCGAGACGAUGUUUCCUAGCUUCGAGGACGAUGCCAAUGAUUUGAUUAAGAGAAUUCUACACGUAGCACAUAUUAAUGAAAGCGAAGUUCCUCUACAAGACGGGUUUGAUCUCUAUAAGGAACUUGUAGAGAUCCGCAGCAUUCAUCACAAGGUUCUACCAAGUAGAUCCUUCGCCUUCAAUAUAGAAGACUUGCUUGCUGAUUUUGUUUGGCGGUGGAUUCGCACUGCCGAUGCAAAAACGGUUGAUCUUGUUGAUCAGGCUAUCAAACAAGACCAAUUUCAAGUUCGCUCAGAUAAUCCUGACCAGGUCCCAUCAGACGAUGAACGUCACAGUGUGUCUAUCAUUGAUAUAUUCCGUCUCUUCAAUCAGAUGGCCGAUCAGAUCUUUCAACUUAACUGGGCCGAUACGAUUCAGCACGCUAAAUUUAUGACGGCUCUGUCGAAAUCUUUUGGCAUUGGACUUGCCAGAUAUUGCGAAGUCAUCGAGCAGAAGUUCUCUAAAGAGAUGGACAGGUUGUCUCCCGCACAAGAAGCGGCGGCAACACAGUCGAAACAGGAAAGGUGGAUGCAACUUGCCAAGGAGGCUUGGAACAAUAAGGAAAAGAUAGAACCUUUUCAAUUCUAUCCCGAAUCUUUUGUUAAGCUCAACAACAUCGAGUAUGCUGUGCAGCAACUUGAUGCGCUUGAGAAGACAAUAAAUGUCGAUGCAUGUGCGGAUCUUCUUGCUAAGAAUGCACCGCCGGUAGAGAAAAAGAGAAGAACUGCAAAAUACGUGUUCACCAUCAAGAUCGUUGAAGGCGAGGACCUUAAGGCUUGUGACCCUAAUGGCACUAGCGAUCCUUACGUCGUUCUCGGUGAUGAAUAUCAAAAGCGUUUAGCUAAGACCCGAGUGGUAAUGAGAAGUCUCAAUCCUCGUUGGGAUGAAUCAGUGGAUAUUACUGUGCAAGGUCCAUUGAACAUCAUUGCGACCAUCUGGGAUUGGGACACGUUUGGUGAUCAUGAUUAUGUUGGGAGGACUUCUUUGAAGUUGGAUCCAUCUCACUUCAGCGAUUAUAUGCCUCGUGAGUAUUGGCUCAACCUCGAUACCCAAGGUAGAUUACUUUUGCGUGUCAGUAUGGAGGGGGAACGUGAUGAUAUUCAAUUCUAUUUCGGUAAAGCAUUUCGCUUGCUCAAAAGAACAGAAAGGGACAUGACACGCAAGAUCUCUGAUAAGCUGUCACAAUACAUUAACAGCUCUCUUUCACAAGAAUCUCUGAGAGGCUUACUCUCUCGAGGUAUUUCAGUUGCAUCUGUAACUAGUCUCUGGAAGAACCGACAAUCGGUAGCCCCGACCUUAACUCCCCAAGAUGUUGAAAAUGCUUUAAAGCCUCUAUUCAAUUACUUUGAUGAGAAUUUCGCCAUCAUGAAGCAGACUUUAACGGAUGCAUCCAUGAUUAUGGUCAUGACUCGAUUAUGGAAGGAAGUUCUCCUUGCCCUCGAGAGUCUUUUAGUUCCACCUCUUUCCGAUAAGCCAUCGACUCAAAGACCCCUCACGCAGCAAGAAAUGGACAUUGUCUUUAAAUGGCUUGAACUUUUAUUCGAAUUUUUCUAUGCUCGAGAUGAAGAAACUGGCGAGGCAAUGGGAGUACCGGCUGACGUUCUUAAAUCCCCUAAAUAUCACGAACUCGCCUCACUCAAUUUCUUCUACUUUGACACCACCGACAACCUCAUCCGUACCUCUGAGAGAAUGGCCACAGCGACCGCUCAACGUGCCCAACAACAACGCAAUCGUCUCUCUGCACCUGCUACUCUUGGUGCUUCCUUUGGCGGCCUCAUGGGCUCGACUCCAAUGGCUAGAAGUAAGAGUAUCAUGUUAAGCCGAAAUUUGGGAACGAUGAAAAAGGCAAAGGAAGAAAAGAGGAAACAGGCACAAGCAGAUCCAAGUGAUGACAUGAUCUUGAGGAUUUUAAGGAUGAGACCGGAAGCAACUCCUUAUUUAAGAGAUAGGAGUAGACAGAAGGAAAGAUUGGCAGCCGCUGCAGCGGCGGAAAUGAUUGUGAGACAGAGUUUGGCGAGUGGAGGUGGUCCAAGAUUUGGGGCUAAUAAUUUGCCGAGAAGGUAG